AUGUCCUGCACCAUCGAAGAAGUUGCCGCUCAGAAACGCGUACCACGCCCUUACCCCAACACACCCGAAAAUGUAGUUGAGCAGUUCAGCUUGAAGGGGCGUACAGCCUAUAUCACCGGUGCUAGCGAUGGUAUCGGAUUUGCAGUCGCCGAGGCUAUGGCUGAAGCUGGAGCCAACCUUGCAUUAUGGUAUAACAGUCACCCCGCCGCCCAAGUCAAGGGGGCCGAGCUAGCGAGAAAAUACAAUCUCAAAGUGAAAGCAUAUCAAGUCGAAGUCUCAAAGCCUGAAGUUGUUGAAGCCGCUGUAAAGCAAGUCGUUUCUGUCUUUGGAGGCCUUGGUGUCUUUGUCGCCAACGCUGGCAUGUGUAUCUCGAAACCUGUCCUUGAAACCAGCAUCGAUGAAUACCGGCACCAGAUGAGUGUGCAUGUUGACGGAGUAUAUUACUGCGCCAAAUAUGCCGGCGACGUCUUUAAGUUGCAAGGCUCGGAUAAUUUGAUCAUUACGAGCAGUAUUCCGGGUCACAUUGUCAAUGUACCUGUGGAUCAGCCAGUGUACAACGCGACAAAGGCGUACGUGAGACAUCUUGGGAAGUGCCUGGCGAGAGAAUGGAGAGAGUCUGCGAGGCUUAAUAUUGUAAGCCCCGGUUUCUUUGACACUAAGAUGGGUGCCGGGGCAGAGGAUGAGAGUGAGGUGUAUCGCAUGGCGGUUUCGGGUCGACAGGGCCACACCGAAGAAAUCAAGGCGGCCUAUUUGUAUUUAGCAAGCGAUGCGAGUACUUUCACAACCGGUUCAGAUCUCGUCGUCGAUGGGGGUUACAUCUUGCCAUAA